GAUUUACAUGUUUCAUUAUCUCUAACUUUUCCUCAGUUGAAUAAUUAAACACUUCUGCUUGUUUCCAGUGGACGGGACUGGACAGGGCAUCUCCAUCUCUCUUUUUUUUGUCUUUCAAAUAAUAAUAAUGAUCUACCGUUUGAGUUGAGAGAAACAGAAUCUAUGCUAAUGCUCACCAUAUGUUCGAUGAAUGACCCAAAAGUCGACCCCACGGCACAAACAUCCAAUCCAACCCAAUCCAAGCCAACAACAAACGUAACAGUCUCAGACCAAACCACAUCUCUCUCUUUCUCUCCAUCCAUGUAUUUAAUAUUUUAAAAAGUUUUAAGGAAACCCAUCUUCUCUUUCAGAAAAAUCAGACGGACCUUUAUAUAUUUAUAUUAUUUUAGUACACGUGUUUGUUUGUUUGUUUGUUUGUUUCUGUGUUUGUUGGCUUGUUCAAGUUGGCCGGUCAUGCCCACGCCGGUGGACUUGGUGAGGCAAUGCCUGACGGAGGCAGCGGCGCGUGUUUUAGACGAGGCUGUGGCCGUGGCGCGUCGACGGAGUCAUGCUCGGACCACUUCGCUCCAUGUGGUCUCCGCUUUACUAGCUCCACCUUCGUCAACUCUACGCGACGCUUGUGCGUGUGCCAUGAGCUUCCCGUACAACUCGCGCUUGCAGUUUCGUGCGCUGGAGCUCAGCGUCGGGGUCGCACUCGACCGGCUGCAGAGUUCGAGAUUAGUGGAGCGGCCGCCUAUUUCGAACUCACUGACGGCGGCAAUCAAACGGGGGCAAGCUAACCAGCGGAGGAAUCCGGAGAAUUAUCACCUGCAACUGAUACACUGUAACCAACAAUCGGCGUCUCUUUUGAAGGUGGAAUUGAAAUAUUUUAUUUUAUCUAUUCUAGAUGAUCCUAUUGUUAAUCGUGUGUUUGGUGAUGCCGGUUUCCAAAGCUUUGAAAUAAAAAGAGCGAUACUUCAACCGCCUGUUGCACAAUUAUCUCCCAAAUUUCCGCGAACCCCUCGGUUUCUUUGUAAUUUAACGGACUCGGGAUUGGGACCGGACUCGGUCCGAGCUGGACUGAGCUUACCGCUUGGUUUUGCGGAUGUUGACGAGAGUUGUAGGAGAAUUGGUGAAGUUUUUGUGGAGAGACAUGAAAAAAAAGGGAGGAACCCCUUGCUUGUUGGUGUUUAUGCAAAUAAAGCUUUGAGAGGAUUUAUUGAAAAUGUAACUUCUAGGAAGCUGGGGGUUUUGCCUAAAGAAAUAUAUGGGAUGGAUGUGAUUUGUAUUGAGAGGGAGAUAAGUAAGUUUGUUCUUGAGAAGGGAAGUGAAGAGAUUAUUGCGUUAAGAUUUAAGGAAUUGGAAACUGCGGUGGAGCAAUGUUCAGGGCCCGGUGUUUUAGUGAAUUUUGGUGAACUGAAAGCUUUGGUUGGUGACAAUGUGUCAAGUGAGGCUGUCAAGUUCGUUGUUUCGAAAUUGACCAGUUUGUUGGAGAUGAAUAGUGGGAACUUAUGGUUGAUAGGAGCGGUGGCGAAUUAUGAAGCUUACUCAACGUUUUCAAACGUAUUUCCAAGUAUAGAGAAGGAUUGGAAUCUGCAACUUUUGCCUAUUCACUUCAAAUCUAGCUUGAUGGGGUCCUUUGUUCCAUUUGGUGGAUUCUUUUCUUUGCCACUUGAGCCUAAAAGUCUGAUGAGAAGCAAGAAUCAAUAUAAUACUUCUUGUUACCUUUGCAAUGAGAAGUUUGAACAUGAAGUUGGCGCCCUUUUGAAGGGGCGUUCAAUUACUUCAGUUGCAGAUCAGUGCUCAGAAAAACUUUCUUCUUCAUUAGAAAUGGCAGAAUUUGACACCAGAAAGGGUGUUGAUAUGGUCAAGGUGUGUAGUCCUUCAAAUUGUGGAAUCUUUGACCAAUCUAGAUAUAUUGGACAUUCACCUGUGCACAUGCAGGCCAAAGAGGAUGGAACGGCAUUGCAUGCUGAAGUCUUGGAGCUACGAAAGAAAUGGAAUGAUAAUUGUCAACUUCUUCACCACACUCAAGUACUACCCAAAUUACGUACUCCUGAAACAAGGUCCCAAGUCCUAAAUUCCAGGGUCUUUAUCACAGACACGAAGGAAAGCGGCAGUAAAGAUCCUACCUCAAAUGAAAAUCUGUCCGGUAAUCUAAAUCCCAUCAUGAACAUAGACUUGCAAAAGAUUAUGGAACAAGAAACAUCAAACGGACAUACGCAUAGCCAUAUUCAAAGCGACAGUCAACAUGACUCUGUCCCUUCGUCUUUUUUGUCCCCAAUCUCUACUUCCCGUGUUCAAGAGGACAAUGACGAAACCCAGCAACAGCAACAGCAACAGCAGCAGCAAGAACAACAACAAGCGUCUUCUACGGCGUCGUAUCAUAUCAAUAUCUCCAUUUCAGAUGUUGCACGCAGUGGCAUGAGAGAUGGUGUUUGGUCUUGCCUUGUUGUGCUCGUCACCUUCUGGUUCUUCGCAGCUUCCAUGACUAUGAUUCUUGGUAUCUAUGGCUCUGUGGAUUUACAAUUGGGCCCUAAUUACUCCCGUCUCAUACAAACUAACUCAAUAUUCGUUCAAUCUAUUAAGGUUGAAGAACUAGACCAGCAAAGUUCUGGAUCAUUAAUUCUAUAUGGGUUUCACAAACCUCCUCCCUUGGAUGUUGAAAUUACCUGGACUGAGACUCACAAUGCAGUGGUUCAAGUUGAUUUGCACGAGGAGUGGUUAUACUACCUUAACAAGGGGUCCAAUGUGGAUAUCUCAUACAGAGUAAUAUCUCCAAGUACCUCACCAUUAUCCCUUGUAAUUGCGCAAGGCAGUGAAAGUCUUGAAGAGUGGAUUGACGACCCAUCAUAUCCUAAUACAACUUUGUCGUGGGACAUUAUACAUGGAAGUGGUAAGAUCCAGCAAGAAAUUUCUGAGUCUUCAACCUAUUAUAUUGCUGUGGGUAAUUUAAACUCUCACGAAGUGGAGGUACAAUUGAAUUUCACAAUCAGUGCCUUCAUCUAUAAUACAACUAAGGCUUAUUACAAGUGUUCACUGGGCAGUCGUCAGUGUAGUUUCACUCUUCCUCUUGUAGGGGCAAAUACUGCUGUCCUAACAUCUCCAGGUCCAACAGAGGGUUCCAGCAAUGCUUGGUAUGUCAAACUCUCAUAUGGACCCCGAUGGAUCGCAUAUUUUGUUGGAUCAGGUGUGAUGACCAUCCUCAUCUUGUUGGCCUUUAGAUUCCUCAACGUGUUCCAGUCUACCAGUGGAAAUGGAACAGGAAUUCAGGCUGGAGAUAUGACAUCUGAGCGAGCUCCAUUGCUGUCAAACAAAGACGACGAUCUCUCCAGCUGGGGUUCAUCUUAUGAUUCUGUAUCACAUGAUGAUGAAGAUUUAGAUGAAUGGCUAGCAGUAAAAGCUCUCAAAGGAAAUUUGUCAUACGAAGGGGAAAAUAAUAGCAAUCCCGGGCGUCUUUGUGUCAUUUGCUGUGAUUCCCCAAGAGAUUGCUUCUUUCUCCCAUGUGGACACUGCGCCGCCUGUUUUACUUGUGGAACAAGUGACCUCUGCAGGAUUGCAGAAGAGGCUGGAACUUGUCCCAUUUGUCGGAGGAAGAUGAAGAAAGUGCGGAAGAUAUUUUCUGUUUAAGCAGUCGGUUUGAGUAAUAUUGUGCAGUUGCUCUUUGUUGGUGAAAACUGUAAAUUUAAUCAUCUAAACUCUGUAUUACACCCUUGAAACUGUUUUGAUAGAAAGUUGUGAUUGCAAUAGGUUACACGGAAAUUGUUUGUUCA